AUGCCUCCCAAGAGACCGGUUCUUGAACAUCUAAGGAUAGAUCCUCCAGAAAAAACCGUAUCGAUCACAGACACAUUGACUCUAGUUGUAAAGGGCGAUGGUGGUCUUGAAAUGCGUGUAAAAGAGAGUUGUAUUGCUUCUGGUCCAACGUUUCCCGCUCGGGCAGCGGAAAAAAAAGAUAAUACAAAGGAUGUAUCUGCGGAAGAAAUAAGAUUUGAAGAUCUACGUACCUGCCAAGAGUUGGGAAAAGGUUCUCAGGGAAGGGUUAGACUCGCUUUACAUCUUUCUAGUAAGAAAAAAUAUGCUGUGAAGUAUAUUAGGCUGGAAGAGGAUACGGAUAGCAUGCGUCAGGCUCUUGAGUCAGAACUAAGGCAAGUUAAAUCAUUGAUGCACAAAAACCUUGUAACUUCACACGAAGCGUUCUUUAGGGAUGGAAGAGUUUAUAUUGUGCUAGAAUAUAUGGACGCGGGGAGUAUUGCUGAUGUGCUCAAGCGUCACUCUAACAAUUUUAAGGAGGUAAUGUUGGCAUACGUGGCGAGGGAACUUCUUCAGGGUUUGGAGCACCUUCAUGCUUCAAAAGUAAUUCACCGUGACAUAAAACCUGUGAAUGUUCUUGUAAAUUCGAAAGGUGAGGUUAAGAUAGCGGAUUUUGGUGUUGCAAAAAGAUUUUCUGGUGGAGAUGUAGAGACAUUGUCGGCUCAAGGGUCGAUUAUAUAUAUGAGUCCUGAGCGCAUUCAAGGACAACCGUACUCCUUCAAUAGCGAUAUAUGGAGUGUGGGGAUGACGAUAGCAGAAUGUGCACUGGGAGCAUAUCCGUUUAUGCCAAUGAAACACAACCUAUAUGAUCUUAUGCAAGCCAUUGCUACGAGAAGCGCAAGGAUUGAUUGGACCACCGAUGGCCGUGAGCACUCUCCGGAGCUUAUUGAUUUCGUUGAUCAAUGUCUCCGCCCUGCCAGCGCACGACCCACAGCCACCGACUUCCUCCACCAUCCGUUCAUUCAAAAGGCAACAAAUGUAGAUCCUAUUGAGGCCGGAAGCUGGUUUGUUGCUCAUUCUUAA